AUGAGUAGGAACUGCUUUGUACCAGUAUGCGAGACGGGGAAUUCCCUAGCGAGGAAGAGGAACAAGGAGAAAGGAGAGAAGAAUCCUACGCUCUCUAGCGUACCGAAGGUGAAGAGCUACAAAUGGAAGGCAGCAAUUCCAAGGCUUGACAAGGAGCUAUCAAAAACUGACAAGGUGUGCAUACUUCACUUUCGAGAGGAUGACAUUGAGAGGUAUUACACCACCGCACUGAGGGAUGGCACUAUAGACAAACUGGAACGAAGCAAGCCUGUGCUCAAGAAGGAUGCUGUACCAUGUCUCUUUGCCAACACUUCCGAAAGGAAGCGAAGGGAGGGGAAACGGAGACCACCAACAGACAGGCCCGUGCCCGAAAAGCGACAACGUGCUGCAAGCAGCGAGCCACAACCCAGUUGCUCUCAUUAUGAAGAUGAUACGCCUGCACCAUCUCACGAUGAUGAUAGCUUGAAUCAAGCAAGCAACCAGGAUGACAACAGCAUUUUUGAGAAGAUCUUGAGCGAAGCCGCUGGCAUAGAAAAGCGAAACAUUCAAUGGGCCACUGCAGUUGACAUGCAGGGCAAAUUCAUUGCCUUUGUUUACGUGAAUGAGGAACUGUCAGUCACAAAAUAUAUGGCCCUGAAGGAAAACCUGCAACCACUAGUCUUCAUGAACCAAAAGCCUGUUCACGUGCCUACAGUGGUUAAGCUGCAGCAAAAAGUCAACUGCUUGAAACAAAAGUGUGCAAACUUGCCAAACGAAAGAAUUGAAGCUGCUAUCGACGGUCUCCCUGAUUCGCAAAAAGAAGCCGUUCGACAGUGUUUCAGCAACGCGAGACGAAAGGGCCCAAAAGGUCGCCGCUACACAAUGGAAUGGGUAUACGAGUGCCUUUUGAUGAGGAUAAAAAGCCCGGCACUCUACAAGCACCUUCGAUCCAGAGACCUGCUCCCUCUGCCCUGCGUUGAUACCCUCAACACAUACAUUAGCAAGAGCAUACUCUGUUUAAGAACUGCAGCGAGCACGAUCGACGUUUGUCAGCCAUAUUGCAAUCAGUGCAGCGAAAAUGCGAUCGAAUCAAACCACCUUUUUUCUCCCGCUUCGAUACGAGCGAGAGAUCCGAGGGAUCGUCGUCUGUUGACCGUGCUCUCACAAACGUGUGCUCACGAACUGCGGUUUCGAAAAUUGGCGGUUGGCGCUCUGCUGCGUAGCUGCAUCUUUGUAUCUUCUUCUCGGCUUCAGAUAUUUCCUGGGCAUCAAACCGUCUACGGAAUACAUGAGGUCGAAGAGGAGCCAUGCGCACUCCUGGUUGAUGAAAUGAAGUUGACGGAGGCUGUAUCACUAGACAAGUCCUCGCUUAAGCUUCACGGCUUCACCAACUUGGGUCAAUACACACCUGACCAUCAGAAGAACAAAAAGAGAGAUCAUGCACUUGUCUUCAUGUUCCAGCCGUUCCGAGGCAAGUGGGUGCAAGCCUUGGCAUGCUUUCUUAGCAAGGGAAGUGCGCCUGGAAAUGUUCUUCACAAACUUGUCCUUGAGUGUGUGUUACUCCUGGAGAGGGCAGGUCUUUUGGUUGAUGUCGUCACAACAAACGGGGCAUCAUGGAAUCGGAACAUGUGGACUCACUUUGGAGUUGACACCAGUGCAGUUAGCUGCAGUCAUCCCAGUGACUUUGCAAGGCGGCUCUGGUUCACAUCCGACUUUCCACAUCUGAUAAAGUGUCUGAGGAAGAGCCUAACAAAGAAGAAGAGGUUCCGGACACCAGAUGGCCCUGUGGAUAUCAAGCAUUGGAGCGCAAUAGUAGAGUUGGACCGGCCAAAAGCACACACCUUAAAAGCUUGCCCUAAGCUGACACCCGAUCAUGUCAAUCCCCGACCAUACCAAAAGAUGAAUGUUGCCAUGGCAUUCCAGUUCUUCAGCGACAGUGUCUCCAAAGCAAUGCAGCACUAUCAGCCACAUCAUAACAGUCUGGCAGACUGUCAUGCAUCUGUUGCAUUUGUGGACCGGGUAAACCAGCUGGUGGACACCAUGAAUGCGAGAACUCCAUUAGAAGCGCUGCCAACUGCACCAGAAAAAUUGCAAGUGCUUGAGGACUUCGUAGCUUACGUAGAUCAGUGGGAGACCACAUGUCCCAACCGUGACCUCGACUUCAUGACUACACAAACAUCAGACGGACUGAAGGUUACAUUACGGGCAACACUAGAGCUACACGAAUACUUGACAUCUGAAUGUGGAUUUCAGUACUUGCUAACUGCCCGCCUGAAUCAGGAUGCUCUGGAGCGUUUUUUCGGCAUGAUGAGGAACGCGUGUGGCCAAAAUCAGCACCCGGAUUCAUCAUUAUUUGUGCAGAUGUUCAGGCUACUCAGCACGUAUUCACUUGUCAAGCCUCCUCGUGGCAGCAAUGUUACUGGUGGCGAAAUCCUGAAGAGCUUGCUGGAUUUCAACUCUGCCCAGGACCAGCGACAUGGUCCAACCGAGGUCCAACAAAUGCUUCAUACAUUUAUGCAACACAUGCCUGACGUAGAAGUGACAUUGGCGACAGCCCACACAGCAGGCCAUGACUAUGCCAUAAGUCAAUCAAGGGUUGACAUAGUUGCAUAUGUGGCUGGGUUUGUUGCCAAAAAGGUCCUGAACUUUUGUUCAUGUCAGGAGUGUUGUCAAAAGCUGAUGACAGACACGUUGAUAGCAGGUACAGCUUCGUAACGCUAAAAAGCAGGGGAGGGCUAAAAUUCCUGUCGAAAGAACUGCUUUCAUUAAUUGACCACCUUGAGAGAAUUAUAAUGAACAGACUCAGUCAACCGAUGCACGAGAGAAUCCUGCUUUCGAUCACCGAAGACGUAUGUGAUGCAUCUGUACCUUCUGUGGGCUGUGAGGUACACGCCACGGGCUUAACAAAGUCGGUAGUGCAAUAUUAUAUUGUAAUGCGGAUGCACAUCGCCUGCAAGGUGGAGAACCGUAUACACAGUGAAAAUGCGAAGAAAACAAAACUGUUGAGCAAGCAGUCGCGGCUACAGUAGCUCCUAUCGGAUUACCAUGUGCCUUAUAUCAUGCGGCACUUAGAAGCUGUGUUCAGGUUUACUCUUGUACAUAUUUCAUCUUAAUAACCUUGAUUUCAAUCGCCAUGUGCCAAUGUG